UGUGGCUCUGUGUCAUUCGCCAACAUUUUACACAUCCGCGCCACAGGCGAACGAGCCAAGUCCCCUGUUUGGUGGUCUCGCGACCCUGCUCUGUUUUGUCUGCGUGCCUGCGCGCGCCCGUGUAUUUUAUUGGACGGGCUAUGUUUGUAUGUGCGCGCGUGUACUGGACGGGGUGUGUGUGCACGUAAACUCACUCCAGUGAACGGCUGUGUGGGUUUAGCAUACAGCUGCUGUUCAUCGCUGGACGGAUCUCUCUCUGUACAACAAAACACCGCUACCAGGACGUGACUUUUUAUUCGUUUGAACUCCCUCGCUUUGCCGUGCAAGUUCAUGAAAAACACUACCGGGGCAUUCCGAAGUCAACCCAUGCAGAAAAGCGAGAAAAGUUUUGGUAUACAAAUGCUCUCAGUCCAGCCAGACACCAAGCCGAAAGGUUGUGCUGGCUGCAACCGAAAGAUUAAGGACCGCUAUCUCUUGAAGGCCCUGGACAAGUAUUGGCAUGAGGACUGCCUAAAGUGCGCCUGUUGUGACUGUCGUUUAGGAGAGGUUGGUUCCACACUCUACACCAAAGCUAACCUCAUCCUUUGCCGACGAGAUUACCUGAGGUUAUUUGGUGUCACGGGAAACUGUGCUGCCUGCAGUAAGCUCAUUCCUGCAUUUGAGAUGGUAAUGAGAGCCAAGGAAAAUGUUUACCACCUGGAUUGCUUUGCCUGUCAACUUUGUAAUCAGAGGUUUUGUGUUGGAGACAAAUUUUUCUUGAAAAACAACAUGAUACUCUGCCAGACUGACUAUGAAGAAGGGUUAUUGAAGGAAGGAUAUGCACCCCAGGUUCGCUGACACUCCCCAGAAGAUGUGUGUUGAAAAAGUAGAGAAUUUAUAAGCACUACAUUCUUUUAAGUUUUGUUUGCUCAACUUGUAUAUAAAAACUGACAUCAGGAACUCUCAUCUGACUAGCUUAGCUUUUGGAAGACACUGUGAACACAGUCAGAAUGAAGGCUGGACUCAGCCUGUAUUUGGUGGACUGUUCCUGUUCAGUGAUGAAAUGAAUGAUACUUUAAGGUACUGUACAUAUAUAUAUUGCUGGAUUUUUAAAUUGUUUGCUUGCUAUUGUUUAGGGUUUUUUUAAUGUGUCAUUUGGCAUGAGAUGUUUAUUUUGGACUACUACUAAUGUACAUAAAAGUAUUGCAGCUUCCCAGCAAUGGUUGACAAGUCAGCGUGGGAAAUGAGAGGCAAAAAUAAAACAAGGCAGCACUGUCAUGCUUUUAAAAACAAGGAAUACUGUAAGGAAAAUGGGUAUUGACCCUAACAAAAAGCAGAUGAAAUGUCAGUGUUAUUUGGUAACAUACUGCACACUUUCCAUGUUGGCCCAGCUAAAAAAAACAAAGAAAAAACACUGCCAAAAAGUUUAAUCUUUCAUUGUGCUUUUAUCAGCAUGACAUACUAAUUGCCUUGAAUUGUUUUUGCUGUAAUGUAUUGUAAUAUUUGAAGCACAAAUGUAAUACAGUUUUAUUGUGUUACUAUUUGUGUUCUCCUUGUUGGCUUAUUUGUAUUUUGCAUUUAGUACAAUCAGUGUUUAAAAUUUAUUGUAUAUUUAUGCUUUCUGUAACUACCAACUAUUUUAAAAGGAGCUGUUAACUUUCUAGUAAAAAUGUAAUUAAACAUUUAAAUUCCAUCUAUUUAAAUUUCUGUAUCCACAAGUUUAAGAAUUAGCUAUAAAAGUGGUAUAUGGACCCUUUUGUUUGUAUCUGAGCAGUAUAGUAAUCUACUGCAAGAGAGAAUGAGUGCAUACUUUCAUGUCAUUCACAACACCAAGGUCAAACCAUUAGAAUAUACUAAGUGUGGCGUUAAGGUUGAUUCUUGGCACAUUAGCUGCCUUUGUAUGCAGUGUAGUCUGCUUCACUGGCUAUGAGUUGGUACUACUGCUGCACAUUUCAUCUAUUAUCGCCUGAAGAUCAUGCCCACAGUUGGUGGCAUGAGUUGUACACAGCACUGGCACUACACCACUGUCUGAGGUUGAGGAGACCAGUGCCACCAUGUUAUUUAAAGGGAGUGUAUUAUUUUAUGAAUCAUUUAACUUAUGCCCUAGUUACCUGUCUCUUGUACUGCUUCAAAUGGAAGUUAAAAAGAUCUGUGGUCACCUCUUUUAGCAGAGGAAGACCCAGCUGUCCUAAGCCACAUUUCUUCUCAAUAAAAAAAAAAUUGUAAUUAA